CUCGUCUAUGUUGAACAUUUAAGGUAAGCCAAGCACAUCUUUCCUUCCUGAACUGCUCCUUUGAACCGCACAUUCUCUUAAUAUUCUCCAAAGUACGGUGUUGCUAACUCUUCCAACAACACAUAAUGUCAUAAAUAAUAUUUCCCUUAAAAUCCAAAUGAAGCUUAGGAAACUCAGAAAAUUAAUUGCUCGCAAUGAACCUUAAGCCUAUUUCUUUGCAAUAAUUAAAUAUUUAUCAUUAAUUUGUAUAAUAAAAGACACCCUAACUGUGUGAACAUUAGGCAGCAGUUUUCUCAGUGGGUGAGUGCUUUGAAUCUGAUCCUUUCACCUGCCUCUUCCCAGUACCUGAAGAUAAUUUCUGCCUACUUGGGCUUGAUAUUUAGGAUGUCAGGAACUCUGAGGCGCCCAGUUUCUAGUUUUUUAGUUGCAUGUAGCCUUAGGUGGCUAAUUUUAGAAAGGAUCAGAACAGCUGUGUUGCUGACUCCUGGCGUCUUCAAAGGCAGGUUGAAAUGCUGUACUGUCAUUUCUUCUGGAUGAGCUCACUUAUCCUUAAGCAACUUUAGCCCUUCCUCCCAUUUUUAUUAUAACUGAAUUCUAUCAAAUGGUGGGGUCAAAAAUCCAUUUGAACAAAACCAUUGUGUGAUAUAUAUCUGCUGUGCCUUUUUUACUUUUUUUAAAAAUAAAUAUUUAGACCUACUGAUAACAGUUUAAUAACUUUUUUUUUUUCUAUAAAAUGUUUGAUACUAGAAAGCAGACCAUUUUUUCUCCUUCUACUCUGCUUGGGUCUUUUUUUAAAAUAAAAGGUAAGUAGGCGUGAUCAAGCAAUAUUUGUGGUUUACCAUGCUUCAUAUCAGCAAAGAGCUCAGUUUGGGCUGUUUUACUGGCACAGCUGAUGAAGAGAGGUUUGCAUUUUCAUUUUAAUGUAAAUGGAUAACCAGACAUGAUUCUUUCUACCUAUCACACUAUCCAGUCUGUUUUCUGCUGCUGCUGCUGCUCAGUGCAAGAAAGAGAAAUGAGAACAAAAGUGAACCUGGACCCUGAUGCUGUCCUGGCGACCCAGUACUCUGCUUCACAACCAGACGUUUCCUAUGAAUCUAUUUGGAAGUGUGAGCAGCGCAAGAGACAAUUACAGUUUAAGGACAAGCCAUUACCUCCUCUGCCUCCUGAGGCCUUCGAAGACUACACAAACAAACCCAGAGUUAUUGCACUCUGUGACUUCUUUGCUAGAGGGCCUUUAGAUUUACCUCUCAAGAAAUCAGAAGAAUACAUUAUCCUCGAAAAGUAUGAUCCGCUCUGGUGGAGGGCAAGAGACCGACAUGGGAAUGAAGGCCUAAUUCCCAGAAACUAUGUUACCGAGAACAAGAAAAGCAAUUUAGAAACAUACAAGUGGUACUGCAGAAACAUAAACAGAAGCCAGGCAGAACUUCUUUUGCGCCAGAAGCCCAAAGAAGGUGCGUUUGUUGUCAGAGAUUCAAGCCGACAGGGUCUUCUUACACUGUCCAUGUAUUCACGGGCUAAGGGAAGUCAUAAUGGAGAUAUUCUACAUUAUCACAUUAAACAAAAUCACUUGGGACUAUAUUAUGUAGCAGAAAAUUAUCUCUUUUCAUCUGUUCCUGAACUCAUAGAGUAUCAUCAACACAAUGCUGCAGGUCUUAUCACACGUCUCCGAUAUCCAGUCGGAUCAGAUGGAUGUACUUCAGCAGAGAACACAGGAUUGAGUUACGAGGAGUGGGGAUUAAACCCAUCUGAACUGUUGUUACUGAAAGAACUUGGGCGUGGGCAGUUUGGAGUUGUUUAUCUUGGUAAAUGGAAAGAGACUAUCAAGGUUGCCAUCAAAACAAUCAAUGAAGGUGCAAUGUCUGAAGAUGAUUUCAUAGAGGAGGCCAAACUGAUGAUGAAACUUUCCCACCCAAAGCUGGUCCAGCUUUAUGGAGUGUGCACACAUCACAAACCUCUCUACGUUGUGACUGAAUUCAUGGAAAAUGGUUGCCUGCUCAAUUACCUUCGGCAAAGGCGGGGGAAACUCAGCAGAGAUGUUCUCCUGAGCAUGUGCCAGGAUGUUUGUGAAGGGAUGGAAUAUCUGGAAAGAAAUGGCUUUAUUCACCGUGAUUUGGCUGCAAGAAACUGUUUGGUCAAUGUGGAGCAUGUCGUUAAAGUAUCUGACUUUGGCAUGGCAAGGUAUGUCAUUGAUGAUCAAUAUAUCAGCUCUUCAGGUGCCAAGUUUCCAGUCAAAUGGUCAUCUCCUGAAGUCUUUCAUUUCAAAAAAUACAGCAGCAAAUCAGAUGUCUGGUCAUUUGGUGUACUCAUGUGGGAAGUUUUCACAGAAGGCAAAAUGCCUUUUGAAACCAAGUCAAAUGCUGAAGUUGUCCGUGAGAUUUCUCAGGGUAACCGACUUUAUCGACCACAUUUGGCAUCACUUCCUGUGUACAAAGUCAUGUACAGCUGCUGGCAUGAGAAACCUGAAGGACGUCCUACUUUUGCAGAGUUAACAGUGACCCUCAGAGAUCUAACAGAGAUGACAUAAUCACAGAUUUUAUACCAAUAUAUUUUCUGAAAGGUUAGCAUUAAACAUGCCACUAAUGUAGCUGGUACAGAAAGCCUCAACCUUUUAGAGAGGUCUCUCCCUAAAUCAAAGUACCAGUAUCCUACAUAUUGAAGCAGCUGUUUGUCUUGGCACAGUUUUUCUUAUUUGAGAAAGAUACUCCAGGACGCUGGUUUGGGCCUCUCAAGGCUUUGUUUGCAUGGUAGGGAGAAAAAUCUGUUUGAAAAGCAGUAACCACGCCUACUCACCUUAUAGAUAUUUUUAUUCAUUAUUUUGUUCAGAGCUACACUAAUUCUUGCAUCAAUAUUAUUACAUUAUUUAUACUUGCUAUGACUCAUGCACCAGGGAAUACUGAUUGACAGCAGCAAGGAUGAUGAAAGAACCUCUCACAAGCUCUGGUUAGGUCACUUUUAAAGGCAGGUCCUUGUGCACUGCAAAGCAUCCAGCCCUGGGGAAGCAGAGCAGGGCUCUGUCCAAGGGACAGCAAGCUAAGUGACUGGCUGCUGGAGCAGUGCCCACACGUGUGCCUGGACCCACUACUUGGACAAAGCAGUGCCUUAGCCCUCCCCUUGCAAAUGUCCAGAAUGGUUAAUGGGCAAGUUAAAACUGGAACCUGACAGUAAAGCUCAGAUGGAUCCUAUGAUACCUUAUAUGGACACGUCUGUGACCCUACUUCUUAUGUUAUUAUUCACUUUUAAUUUUAAAUCUUAACUAUGGUCAACACAAAUAUGUUGUAGGGAAGGAAAGGUAGAUGGAAUUCAUAAUUAUUUAAAGCAAAAUAGUCAGAUCAUUACAAAUAAAGAUGUUCCUGGAAA